AUGAGCUCGGACGUUAUAAAACGUGCGAAUCCGGCUGAUGAUUAUGAGCUUCUACAACGGGUAGGAUCAGGCACAUAUGGCGAGGUUUACAAGGCACGACAUAUCAGGAGUGGAGAGUUGUCAGCUGUGAAAGUUGUAAAACUUGAAGCUGGAGACAACUUUGCCAUUAUCCAGCAGGAAAUUUUGAUGAUCCGGGAAUGCUCUCACCCUAACAUCAUUGCAUAUCAUGGCAGCUAUUUGCGGCGAGACCGCUUAUGGAUUGUUAUGGAAUAUUGUGGAGGAGGUUCAUUGCAGGAUAUCUAUCACAGUAGGUUUAAAUUUUUCAUUGUCUUUUUUCUGGUUUGCAUUCCAUUUUGA